AUGCACGAGGUCGUUGGAAGCUUGGCUGGCGUAGCUGUCGUAAUGGACGAUAUAUUGGUCUGGGGAAAGACAAGGCAGGAGCACAACACGAACCUCACCGCCUUGCUUGAACGCUGUAGGGAACGUAAUCUAAAGCUCAAUAAAAAGAAGUACCAAUUCUUGCAGGCCAGUGUACGUUACAUGGGCCACCUCCUCACCGCUGAAGGACUCUCACUGGACCCAGACAGAGUUCACGACAUCAUGCAAGUUCCACCGCCGAAGAACCGUAAGGAGCUCCAACUGCUCAGUAUCAGAACGGAGACUUAUAAGGACACCCUCAUGACCGAACUCUGCCGUUACGCGAGUACAGAGUGGCCCAAAAGCAAGCAGCAGCUCCCGGAUGCCUUAAAGCCAUACUGGAGCUACCGUGAUGAGCUACACGUCGAGGAUGGGCUGCUUCUCAGAAGCAACAAGCUUGUUCGCAAGCUUAGUCGGACUACCGCUGCUGUUGUGUUCAACGCAAGUGCAGAAAUCUUCGCGACACAUGGCAUUCCCGCCAAACUGUGCACUGACAACGGCCCUCCUUUCAACAGUGCAACAUUUCAAGCAUUCACAGGUCAAUUUAAUAUCAGCCACACCACUUCUAGCUCGUACCAUUCGCGCGCCAACGGCUUGGCAGAGCGUGCCGUUCAGGAAGCUAAACAUCUGCUAAACAAAUGCCCGUUUUCCACCCUUGAAUUUUACAGUGCGUUGUUGGAGUGGCGGAAUACUCCGAGGGACGAGCAGUUGCAGUCGCCAGCUCAAAGGCUCAUGGGACGUCACACCAGAAGCCAACUCCCGGUUCUCAGCUGUCACCUGGAGCCCAAGACGAUACCCACGGAAGCAGUCCGUCAGCGACUACAAGAAAUACGACAUAAACAGCGUUCCUACUACAACACAACGACACGGGCUUUGCCAGACCUUCGUAGCGGAAACAGAGUGUCCGUAUACGACACCCAAAGCAGAACGUGGGCCCCGGCCAUGGUAAUUGGUCCUGCAGGGCCACCGCGAUCCUACUUAGUGGCUACAGACAGUGGACAGCAGUUACGCCGUACGAGAGAGCAUCUCAGGGCCACAGAUGCUGCUCAGCCUGCUGAAUCACAAGCAGAAACCCGAAGACAGGCUGUGCCAAGUACGCCAGCAGACGCAAUUCAAGCCCCACUUCGAAGAAGUGAACGGGUACGCCAAGAGCCGCAACGUUAUCCACUUCCUGAACGUAAAUAGCAAAGCGAUCCUUGUUUGGAAAUGAAAAUGUUCAUCAAUGUUAUUUCUU